CUCCAACCGACUCUCCCUGGGUGCAACACCAGUCUUCUUCCACUUCAUCCAAACUCAACAUCAACACAGCCAUCAUGCCACGCGCCGUCCGAGGAGUCCUCAUCGAAUGCGAUCCGUCCGUGAAAGCCAUCAUCCUGAAAUACGACGAAGAGCGCCACGACUACAUCGUCGAAGACCUCGAUGACGACCGCCACCUUGUGAUCAAGGAGAGUCAGCUUCAGAACCUCAAAGCUCGACUGGGAAAGGAACUCGACGAAAAGGUCAUGCAGCCGGAGGAAUCGGAGUCGGAGUGA